AUGGUCCCCAAAGUCCAGCGCAUCGAUGCUGAGCCACUUGUUGCUGGCCAGUCGCCGGGACGUCCUUCAGUCACCUACCGCUACUAUUCAUGUGACCCCCAAGCUCUUUCUUCCCCAAAGCAGAGUUUACCUAAAUCAGGCAAAUUCAAAGAUAUUGGUGGAGUUGUCGACCUCAUUGAGGUUAUUCGCAUCCAAGCAUCUGGACCAACAGAAGCAGCUCGAGCUUUGCGCAAGAAGCUUAAAUAUGGCAAUGCACAUCGCCAAAUACGUGCUCUUGUCAUACUGGAUGCAUUGAUCCAGAAUGCGGGUACAAGAUUCCAAAAAACGUUUGCAGAUGAGCCCCUCUUGGAACGACUUCGUAUCUUGGCUAGAGACGAUACAGUAGAUCCCGAUGUACGGCAGAAAGCUAAUGUCCUGUUUCGCGGAUGGGCAGCGGAGUACAAAGGAAAACCCGGCCUUGAAAGAAUAGCGGCGCUGCACAGGGAGCUACCUCGAACUAAGCGCCCGCAGCCGCAACAGUCUCGUAUAGUGCGUCAGCAAGACGCUGAGGCCGCUCGUGAACGUGAGGAGCACUCGCAAUCUCCUCCUCGAAAUAGGUGGUCCGAACAGUCUCAUAGUUCGCCUUCCAGGACGAGUGCUCCUGUUGCACCCGGCCCUAGUACCUCUACCGGUUCUUCAUUGUUCAGCAGGAGGGACAAGAAAGACAAGAAGACCAAGCGACAGCCGUUCAAUCUCGAAAGAGAGAAGGGACAGAUGCUCGAGACCAUCGCAUCAGCAAACGUUGCCAGCACGAAUCUAUUGAAUGGGUUGCAACUUAUCAAUCGUGAGCAACAGCGAGUCAGCGAAAACGCAGAAGUUAUGCGUCGCUUCGAGACGUGCAAACAACUCCGUCGUCAGAUUCUGCGCUAUAUCCACCUCGUUGAGUCGGAACAGUACAUCGGCGGUCUGCUCAAUGCCAAUGAUGAGCUGGUCAAGGGACUAAUGGCAUUUGAAAUCAUGGACAAGAGCAUUGAUGAUGACAGCGACAGCGACAACGAGGCAGGCAAUGUUUCAGCUGCUGAAGCGGCCAUGGCUAACAUGAACAUGAAUGAGGCUCCUCCACCAAAGCCACCCCGACCCACGAGCAUUCCUAUGCCUGCUUCUCCCAUGGCUAGCAAGCAGCGUGUUGAAUUGGACAGUGAGCCUGAGGAGGACGAAAACGAUCCGUUUGGUGACAGCAACGCAAUCAAAACGCCUUUCGUGGAGAGAGGCCAACCAACUUGGAGGGACGUGUAG